GCUUAGCUUAUUCGCUUGUCGAUUUAAACCGAGCAAGCUUUCAACACCCACCCCUGGCUGAAGCCACCUUCUCUUCUUAGCUGCCCGCCAUGGCGUCGCGAGCGCCGGUGGAGCUCGACUUCCUCGGCCUCCGUCCUGCCGCCGCCGAAGAAGCAGCAGCCGACCAUCGCCGUGGCAGCACCGGCACCGCCUCCUCCAUCCGAGGCAUGAAGACGAGCGCGAUAGCGAGCAUCGGAGCGCGGCAGCUGCGCCGCGUCAUCGCCGGCGGCGAGACGCCGGCUCCGGCUCCGAUGACGCUCUUCUACAACGGCGCCGUGGCCACCUUCGACGGCGUCUCUCAGGACAAGGCAGAGGCGAUAAUGAAGAUGGCAAUGGAGGUUACGACCUCCAAUGGAGGCCGCGUCGUCCGUGGCGACGCAUUUUCUGGAAAUUUCGCCAAAGACAUGCCACUCACAAGAACCAAAUCGCUGCAGCAGUUCCUGCAGAAGCGAAAAGAGAGGCUGAGCGCGACGGGUCCGUACCAGGUGGGGCCGGGAGGGACCGGAGGCGUCGCUGCGGCGGCGACCAAGUCGUUUCGUGUGAAGGAGGAAGCAGCGUAGUUAGGCGUACCCGGAGUUGGAGUCCAUUGGAUCGUCGGUAGCUAGCUCAGCUACUAAUCCAAGAAUUCUUUGCAUUGGUGACUAUAGUGGUGGCACACUUGUAUCUACAAAUAAAAGAAAGUUCCAGUACAGGGAUAAGUAGUAUGAGAUUGGUGUAGUUCAGUCAUAAUUAGAGGCAAGGGUUAACUCUAGUGUUGAUAGUAGGCAUAUGCAUGCUUGAUCUUGAUGUAUUCAUUUUUGUGUGUGUGUGUGUGUGUAACAUCCUUUGCGCCGUGUAUGCACUUGCUUGAUAGUGAUAAAUUUACGUAAUUUAUGCAGCUGAUUGUAAA